AUUAUUUCCGAAUUCCACAGAAAUCUAAUUACCACCAACUCAGCAAAAACCCCACAACCGAUUUGCAUUGACCCUCCUUUCUUCCUAUCUCAGAUCUUCCCUCUCUCUGUCUCUAUCCAAUGUUGCAUUAAAAUCCCUUUCUCCGUGUGAAUGCACAUCGAUGUAGAUUAGGGUUUUGUUUGAUUGCUUUCCUGAAUGAUCCAACAGAAAAAAAACCCAAAAAGAAGAAGAAACAAAUGCUCUUCAAUUUUCUGCUCAGGCAAUUAAUUGGGGUCGCGAUCUCUAAAAUUAAUAUACUAACUCCUUCAGAUUUCCAAAUUUGCAACAGUGCGUGAUUUUUUCUCUUGUUGUUGACAAGAAGAAAAAAUACCUAUGACGGUGGGCUCUGAGAGCUCAGCUGAGACCUCUCCUGCAUCAACUGAUGCGCCGCCGCUGAAGAAAUACGGAGUAACAAGGCCUUUGUCUCUGACUGGGCCAUCCGAGGCAGAUCUUCAUAGAAACGCAGCACUCGAAAAGUUUCUGAGGGAUUCCGAGCUGUACGAGAGUGAUGAAGAAACUGGAAAGAGAGAGGAGGUGCUGUGCCGACUUGACCAGACUGUGAAGCUCUGGGUAAAGCAAUUGACCCGCCAGCGAGGUUACUCCGAUCAAAUGGUGGAAGAUGCAAAUGCUAUUAUAUUAACUUUUGGCUCCUAUCAGUUAGGUGUUCAUGGACCUGGAGCUGAUAUUGACACAUUAUGCAUUGGGCCAUCUUAUAUUAAUCGAGACGAAGAUUUUUUCAUUAUUCUGCGAGAUAUUUUAGUUGAAAUGGAAGAAGUUAGUGAACUUCAACCUGUUCCUGAGGCUCAUGUUCCUGUUAUGAAAUUCAAAUUUCAAGGAACAUCAAUUGACCUCCUAUAUGCAAGCAUUUCCCAAAUAGUCGUCCCACAAGAUUUUGACAUCUCUGACCGUUCUGUGCUGUACAAUGUUGAUGAGCCAACAGUCCGAAGCCUCAAUGGGUGUAGGGUUGCGGAUCAGAUUCUGAAACUAGUUCCCAAUGCUGAGCACUUCCGGACGACACUUAGAUGCUUGAAAUUUUGGGCAAAAAGGCGUGGCGUCUACUCAAACGUCACUGGAUUUCUUGGUGGUGUGAAUUGGGCUCUUUUAGUUGCUCGUGUUUGCCAGUUUUAUCCCAACGCAGUCCCCAGUAUGCUGGUUUCACGAUUCUUUAGAGUUUAUACACAAUGGCGCUGGCCGAAUCCUGUAAUGCUAUGCCCUAUUGAGGAAGAUGAACUUGGGUUUCUUGUUUGGGAUCCUCGCAAGAAUCCUAAAGAUCGAACUCAUCAUAUGCCAAUAAUUACCCCUGCAUACCCUUGCAUGAAUUCUAGUUACAAUGUUUCACCAAGUACCCUUCGUGUUAUGAUGGACCAAUUUGAAUUUGGUAACAAGAUUUGUGAGGAGAUUGAGUUGAACAAGUCGCAAUGGGGAUCUCUUUUUGAGCCUUAUUUUUUCUUUGAGGUGUACAAAAACUAUCUUCAGGUUGACAUUAUUGCAGCAGACAAUUAUGAUUUACUGGCAUGGAAAGGAUGGGUUGAAUCACGUCUCAGGCAACUAACACUUAAGAUUGAGCGUGACACAAAUGGGAUGUUGCAAUGCCAUCCUUACCCAAAUGAAUUUGUGGAUACGUCUAAGCCUUGCCCACAUUGUGCAUUUUUCAUGGGCCUUCAGAGGAAAGAAGGAGUGCAAGUGCAGGAAGGGCAGCAGUUUGAUAUUCGUGGAACUGUUGAUGAGUUCAAACAAGACAUAAGCAUGUAUUCUUAUUGGAGACCAGGGAUGGAUAUAUUUGUCUCUCAUGUACGUAGAAAGCAAAUUCCUGUUUAUGUCUUUCCUGAAGGGUAUAAGAGACAACGACUGCCCAGGACCCCACAACACUGUACUACACCCACUCCUGAGAAGGAAAUCAAAGGCUGCAUGUCUUCUGAAGACAGGCUUCCCAAAAGGAAGCACAAUAACGAAAUGAAUGAUGUGCAAUCUAACAAACUUGGGAAGCAAAUGUCUGUUAGUCCACAGCGGAUAGGCUCAGAUUCUCCUGCUUCUGCUGGAUUAUCUCCAAUGUUGGACAUUUGCAAGGAGUCGCAACUGGAGCAUAUGAGCACUGUUGAUGUGUUGAGAAGUGGGUUGGCUGGUAGUUUAAAUGGACAAUUUGAGAACACGGGUACAUGGGUUUGUGCUGAGAGUGUACUGUCAUAUUCCAAGAUCUGUAUCAAUAGUGAGGGUAAUGUAAGCUUAGGGGAGCAAAUUGCACAGCCAGGGGAUGAAUGUCUAGAUGAAAGGGGAGUACUGGGGAGUGCCUUGCCUGAUAAACCGAAAUCGCAGCCAAACAAUGCACCCACAAGGGUAAUUGGGUCAUCAAGAGACAAUGCAAGCCCAGAAACUGCACAGGAGCCAGCGAUAAGCAGGUUGAGUCUGGAAUCAACUGCGUGAGGGAGUGGCGAUAAUGUUCCUUAACAAAGUUCGUGAGGGCAUCCAAUGGAAAAGUUUUAUUUGAUUGGAUAUGUUGAUGAAGACUUCUCUCUUGUACCUUUCUUUGCAAGUUGUGGUUGGAAGCAGGGGGCCAAGAAGUUCUGCAAGAAUGGAAACUUGUGCAUUUUGUACAAUGGAACGGACAGUGGAAAGAGAAUUAGUUGGUGGGAGGUUUGAUCUGUGUGGUUCUGCCUGUUGGCUUAUCAUCAAAAAAGGAGCAAAACAAGAAAAAAGAAAAAGAAAAAGCAAUGGCACAAUUGUGUAGGAAAUUUGAAAAUUUUCGUUUUAUUAAUCUUUGGGGUUGGGAGUGGGCUGGGCUUUAACUGGGUAGUAGUGCUUUAGUAAUGGUUUAUGAGACUUAUUGCCUUUUAUGUAUAACUUUCUUCUUUGUGAUCAUAUAUAUUAACAUAUAGCUAGACCUCUAAUUACCUCUACGGCUCUACUGAUGUUAUAUGUUUAGUAACGAAACUAAUGGCCAAUAGGAAGACUGGAAGUUAAAUUUUUACGCGGAUUUACCAUCAUAAUUUGAGUUGACUCAAGCGGUUGUUGGCACUUUCUCAUGGUUUCUUGAUUUCCACAUUUU